AUGGAGCAACAGCUCAUCUUAUCUGAAGGUCAAGAGGUUCAAAUGCCCCUCGUUAACACUGAUGAAUUCAAUAAGCAAAAUGAUGAAAGCCGACAGGAAGAGAAACGUGAAUCUGAGAUAGAAAGUCGACCUUCAACAAGUACUGAAGAUGGGAUUUCGUUACCUGUCGUAGAUGGUAUUAUCUAUAACUAUAAGUACAUAUCAAAAGUUAAAGAUUUACCAAUGAAGGAUAUGAUUAGCAAGUAA